GAAUUCCUUCAAUCACCUGAGGAACGUAAGAAGCUCGAUGGCAUGUACGAAUGCAUCCUAUGUGCAUGCUGCAGUACGUCUUGCCCUUCGUACUGGUGGAACCAGGAUGAGUACUUGGGACCUGCCACCCUUAUGGCUUCUUACCGAUGGAUUGCUGACUCUCGGGACGCCUAUUCUGCGGCACGCAAGUUGAAGCUUCAAAACACCAUGUCGUUGUACCGGUGCCACACGAUUUUUAACUGCUCGCGCACAUGCCCUAAGGGAUUGAAUCCUGCUAAGGCCAUCGCCCAAAUUAAGUUGGAGCUUGCUACUGAGUAAUGUGUCGCAAUAUUUGAGUGUUGUUGCUUAGCACCUUUGCAUAAAUUCGAACUCUUUCCGUUGUAUGAAAUCUAGAUACAAGCAAAGCCAUGAUUGGCAUUCAAAACUGGACGUAGCGAGAUAGAUGUUGACUACUGUUGUGACAUUUCAGAACUAUUGGAUGACUUGGCUAGUAUAUG